AUGGGCACACUAGAGAAAAAAUUGCGAGUUCCGGAAAGGAAAGUCCGGAAAGGGUAAACCCUCUUAAAACAAUUUAUCCGAACUGCGUUCUAGUAUAAUCUUUACGACAAUGUACCGUUGAGCUGAAAUAAUAAAUAAAGUUAAAAUAAAUAAGGAUCCGCCGCUAGUCUUGAGGGAUUCUGCGUCUCAAUUUGGCGAGGCGAUCGUAUUCGCCGCUCAAGAUUCUCUCGACAAUAACUUGGUCGUCUUUUUGGAAGCCAACAAAAUCAAACUCGUACGAUUCUGGAUUGCCAUAUUUUUCGAAUGUAUCCAAAACAGCGGUGUCAUUGUCUUCCUCCGCCUUGCUGCGCACCCGGUAUAACAAUUCACGUCUGGCCCAUUCCGAAACAUCCAUAUCAUCUCUCCAGAUGAUCGCAAUGAGCAGGGCAAUGCAUCCAGGAACAAAUAGAUAAUGGGCAAUAUUUUCCCACCCUUCUUUCUGGUCACCUUCCCUCACUAUCUUCCACUUGAUUUCUCCCGUAGCAGUAUCUUCAUACGGAAUCUUGUCAAUGAUGAGUCCCGAUGAUGCCUUUAGCUUGACUAGGUCCUUAUCGUUUGCUAAAUAUAGCCUUUCGUGUUCCUUUGGCAAGCUAAAUGCCUCGAAAAUCCCUAAAUUCCGUCUGCCUGCAUAGCUGUUUAAAUAUGCAAUCUUCUUGAGCUCUUCCUCUGGAGGCUUUCGACUUGAUCCGUCUUCAUUUUGAAAUAUGUGGUCAUAAUCUUUGAACGAGUCCAGUAAUUCUCGACAUUUCUGCUCAGCAGAGAGGUUGAAAGCCAGCAGCGGCUUGGAUGAGUGCAGUCCUCUGGUUCCCACAUUGAAAAUGAGCGAUUUUGGCGUUAGCCAUGUGUAUUUUGAUGGUCUAAACAUAAAGAGAAAAGUAUUUAUCUCCUCAAUUUAUCGAGCAAAAAGUGGGGAACCGAAUGUGGAUCUUGUGGUUUCGGGUAUUUUAUUUAAGGGUGCACACCUAUGCACCUUGAAGUCCAGAAAAAAAGCCUUGUGCGGUUAUGCACGAGGCAGAUAGCAGAUGAGUGAAGAUAAGGAUAUAAUAGCAAGGCUCCGCCCCAGCCUUAGCUAUUGUGAGGUUUGAGGCAGAUUUUCAUGCAUGAGUUUCUCGUAUGCGUUGCUGUCUCCAUGUUAACCCCAAUUGCCUUUGUUUUAGAGAUCGCCCUCGAAUAGUGCGAGUGGGAUUUUUUAGGCUGUGGUAUAAUUUUUGUUUUUAUUUUGUUGUGGUAACAAUACCAACAGUAUGUCCAAAGACCUCAUCGACAUCAAGACGGAUAUCUUGGCAGAUUUUCACGCUUAUCAUGCUGCUUGUAGCAAGAUUUGGGAACUCGAGGUGUUAAACAUGCGUCGACUCGAUUGGAUCAAAACUAUCUCGCACCUUAUCAACGUCAUACAGAUUAUUAACGACGUGGAACAGCAACAUAGCCAAAAGCUCAAGGAGCUGAACAAUUUGCGGCGGAUAUCGAAACAAAAGCAAACACCGUUUUUGACAUCGAGACCGACCGGUCUUACGCCUCUUGCUGUUCGAGCCGGGAAAACAGCCGUCAAAUCAAGCCUGCCAACAAAUACCCCUAUCAAGCGAUUUCCAUCCAGAACAAGUACUCCUGUUUCAGCACGUGUGUCAACACCAUCUAGUGUGCGUAAAACUCUACUCAAAGCCGCAAAGACGCCUCAGAGUGUGUCGGCCAGAACACGGUCUAUUUUCGAGGAUGACGACGAAAACGAGGAAGACGCGUUGCCCGAUCUCAAAGCAGUGGUCCGCCCAAAAAUUCAACUAAAGCGUAAAAACUUGGAAACAUCUGUGCAUGAUUCGUCUCCGUCAAAACAAACGGAUGAUGAGUUUACUUCGCCUAUUUACAAACGGAUCAAACAGACUCAAGAACGCAAUUCUAUCUCAUUCAAAGCCCCAGCACCCACAGUUAUCAGUCCUCUGAAGCGACGUAAUGAGAAUUUGAAAAGCAGUAUUUUUGGCCGCUAAUUGAUUAUGUAUGCCUAGCUCGUCUUAAACAACUGAAAAGCUCUAUCUCCAAUGUAAAAAUAAAUGAAGUUUCCUGCUUCGUGAGAGACAAAUGAUCCAAAAUUCUUUCCCACUAUGCAAUGCCAGGUAGUUCCGUACUGCUUGUCCAUCUCUUUUUUGAGGUAUGCUGAUAACUCUGCAUUUUUCUUAUAAGAUUGCAAGGCCUUUUCCGUCAGCUUGAAAACGACUUCUUGCAUGUCCGCCGACUGAGUUGUUAGACACUGAUACUACCACUUACCAUGUCCGAAGACUUGAGAAUUGCUGAGUUGUUAAUUAUUUAUCAUUUUUAACUUACGGUCCACCUUGGUUUCAUCCAGAUCGCUCAUUUAGAAAAGAUAGUUGUAUUUUUUUGAUAUACUUUUUGUAUUUUCC